GCCGUGACGUGACGUGACGUGACGCAGAAGAGAACAGAAGUUAUCGCCGUGCGUCGGUUGUGGUUGGUGUUUUAGCCGAGCUGGUGGCGGCAGUCCUCACAGGAUUGGAUCCGGAUUCUCCCCUUCGGCAACUCUUUCAAUUCAGCCGGCACUUGGUUCCUUGUUGCCAGGCACGAUGGUUCGCUCAAGGUCAAGAUCCCCAAGAUGGAAGCACAGGUUAAUCUCGCCAGACUGUGGACGGAGCCAAGAAUACAAUGUUGUGAGACCAUUUUAUCCGUCGCAUAAUAGUGAGUCAAGAGGAUUCAGUCAAAGCUCAGGAAGACCUGCACAGUGGAGGGGACAACAGGAUAAAUGGAAUGAAGCAGGCACUGCAGAAUCAAGAUCAGAAGUUGCACAAUAUGGUAACAUUCAUUAUAAAGUUUUUGAGUAUAGACAACCUUCCCCAAUUGCAAGAAGAAUGGAAUCUGAUCAUGCGUUAGGGAGAAAUUUUUACCCAGAGGAGAGAGAAGAAAAUCGAUCUCAUACCCUUCUUUCAAGAUCUGCUGAAGAAAAUCCAUACCAUGAUCAUGAUGAGCGUCAUGAGAGCAGUGACUGGCACCAUGAAUGGCAUCAUGGUCACAGUGAUCGUCACCAUGGCCACAGUGAACGUCACCAUGAUCGUGAUGUAUGGCGUAAUGACCACGACGACCAGCAUUAUAAUCAGAGUGCAGAAAUCUUGACUCGUUACAAAUUGUCUGAUGAAAAGUCAAAGACUGUUAGAGGUGAUUCACAAUCCAAUUGUUAUGAUCGACCUAGUACCACCUCUUAUGCCGGUGCAGAAAAGUGGCGUGACCCUGAAGGCUUUAGAAGUCACAGUUUACAUGAGGAAAGGCACUCAAGUUCUUUACGGUCUCUUGGAAGACGGUCUGAAGAGUUUCUGGAAAGGAGCUCCUACCAGAAGAGGUAUCCUGAGGAUAAUGAUGUCAAAGGGUACAGAGAAGCAUCUGGAAGAGGCUGGGUGCCAGGAAAGCUUGAGGCAGUAGAUCAUGAACAAGAUUUAAAAUGGAGAGGAGAGAAAAUGCCUCAUAAUAAAAAACCCUACACUUCUGCAUUAUACAAUGACUCUGAAAAUGCACGUAUUAAAGAUGUGUCAAGAAACUGGUAUAGUGACAGUGAUCGCUUUGAAGAGUUUGUGCAAGUAAAGAGUGGGUUUGCACAUUCACAGAAGUAUCCUGAAAUGCACUCAUCUUCUGAGCACCACCAUAGCUUUUCUAGUGAAAGACAGCAAAGAUACUCAAGUAAAGAUAAAGAAUAUACGACUGGCUCCUUGAGUGCUAAAGAGGUGAGUCGUUUUCACAGUAGCAGCCGGAGGUCGGGUACUGAUGCAAACAAAGAGGGUCACUACUCUGCGUCGAGCAAGUAUCUUGUUCCUGAGCAUUACUCCGACAGGUUUCCACGAGCAGGCAAGAAAGAAGUGAGCCCCAGAUAUACAGCAACCUCGGCCACCAGGGGGCGAGUGGAAAGGAGAAAGGAGUUCGGAAGCCGUCCUAAGGACCAGCGUGAUGAUACUCGCACUCCUAAGCGAUCAAACCAUGGGUCUUAUCACAUGGAAGCUUCACACUGUGUUGCUAAUAAUGAGAAAGACCAUACAACUGAAUCCUUGACCAUCAAGUUAGACAUGAAGAAGACUGUGAACAAAUACAGGCCUGCGUCAAGCCAUUCUUCAGAGAGACUAAUGUCUCGGGAUUUGGUUAGUGUUGGCAAGAAACGAGAUGAGUUUCAUCAUGUGUUUGAGCAUAUGGGUUCAUCAUUGAAGGCUAACCCGAAUAUCUCUUCAGGAGAAUUUGCCCAGGAGAUAAUCACUUUGGUGCACCAAAUUAAAGAAGAUCAUUUUAAGUCUUCCGAGAUAACAUUACAUGACCGCUUUUCAAAGUUACAAAAUGCACAAAGUCCACAAAAAGAGGAGCAUCAUCUGGUUCCCAAGAUUCACAGACGGAUUGACAUGUCAUUGGCAGACUUGCACAACCAAGAAAGGAAACCUAUUGGAAGAAAGACAAGCACAUGGGUUGCAGUAAAUCCAGAUGAUCUUCGCCAUGACAUAGAGAGGAGGAGAAAGGAAAGGUUACGUGGCAAGUAUGAGGAGUCCUUUCAAAAUGUGGAGCACAAGUUGCUGUCUCACAGAUCUGCAAGGAGUGAGAAACCUCGUUCAUCUACUCAAGUGAAAACAUCAAGAAAUCCACAUGUUAAGGAGCCGACAACUGGGUUUGUGGAGCAUCGAAUGAGAGUAGCAAGAAAGCCCAUCGCGAAUUUCUCAAAGGAAUAUACAUCUGGGCGAAAGAAGUUUUACAAUAUUGAGUCGAAGUAUCGACAUCUAUAUGGUGUUGGUUUCGGACGUAGUAAUCCAAGGUUAUACACCAAACAUUUCAAAGAAGGGAUACUGAGAAAAAGAAGAUAUGAAAGAGAAUUACCCAGCAGUACCACGGACAAGUAAUUGACCAGGAAGUGGAGGAGUUCAAUUCUAUUUAUGAAGAAAAUCUCCAGAGGCUGACUUCAGUUAGAAUAAAUCCUGAUGCCCCGAGCAGCUUGCUGUGAAUCCUAUUUGUUCAUCUUAUUUCACAGUAGUUAGUGGAACUUACAACACUUAAAGUACACUGAGUAAUCUGGACAUUAGUGAAAAUAGUUUAAUAGUACGAGUUAAUGUAUUCUAAUUAUUUCCCCCCACUGCUGCAGGUUAAGUUGCUGUGAGCUGCACGUUGUUUAAAAACGAUAAAUAUUGUGAUGAAAUAUCAAUUUACUCAAAUGUAAUCAAGAGUUGAAAAUAGGUACAUUUGGAGUGCUAGGGUUGAUCGACAACUAAUCAAUAAUUGGUGUGUGGAGUUGUUGUAGGUCAUAGUUGAAAAUUAAAUGUGGAUCUUUGUGUACUUUCCACUUGGCUACAGUGGACUGACCAUAAAAAUGCUUGUUGAUUAUUGAUGUAGUUGUCUGAAUAAAAGUUUUUUAUAUCAAUUUUUUUGGCUGGUUAUGCUCUCAUGGUUGUGCUGUUCAUUUGAUCAUGCAGUUUCACGUGCAAAUAAACUGUUGAUAUUUAUUUGAAAUAUUGUUGCUUGUAUUUAGGUUCUUUCCCAUUUUAUUGAAAUGGGAAUUGUCCUCUCUGUACAAUUGUAUGCAUGAUUAGCAAGUAAUUCAAUCAAAAAUUUGAAAUUGGAGAUGCCAAAAAAGUGAUCAAAACAAGACUGCUAAUCCAGCAAAACAUUGUGCAUUGCAACAAAUAUCAUAAAAGGGCAAGAAUAUUUAUAGGAAAAAAUAAACUGGCAGAUCUUUAUGAUCUUAAGUCCCAUUCUCAGAUUGGUUCUGAUCUCUUUAUUUGGACACCAUUGUUAAACUUUACUUAAACAUAGUUGGCAACAAGUUCAGUAAUGAGUCAUUUGGAAGGACUUGUUCAUGUUAAACACAUAUGUUCUUCAACUGACUAAAAUAUCAAGAAUAAUUUUUAAAAAUUUGACCAUCUAUAUCAUACUUAAUUGUUAUAUAAUUUGACUACUUUGAAUUUACUAUUUUGUGCUUGGAAGAAUUUUACUUAUAUUUUUACCACCCUUGGAACUUUUGCGUGUCAACUGAUUGAACCACCUAUUUUAUGAAUUGCUUUAGGUUUUGUUAGCUUUAAUUUUAAUUGUUAAGUAACCAUUGCAGCCAUUUGUGGAACCUGUUUGGGAAAACUGCAUUGUGGCCUUUUUGGAGAUGUUCUGACCUUUCAUCCAUAACCUCUUAAAAACCAUUAAUUGUCUGUCAAGGCUGUCAGCUUUAUACUUCUGGGCGAUGCUGAAACUUGUCAAAACAUUUAUGAAAAGUCUGUGUAAGCUCUUCUAUAUGGUGGGAUUGGCUUCAAAAGUUUACUGGUGGAUUACCCAGCGUUUUAAAUAGUCAUGUAACAUUGAAGCAGUUUAGAAAUUCUAACUACUUUGUUGUUUUCCAUACUUGUAUAAGUAGGUGAGUGACUCUCAGAUUUCAACCACAGAUCCUAUUUAAUAAUCUACCCAUUUGGCUAAUACAUGACUCUUAUAGGGGAGAAUCACUUCUUGUAUCUCUUUAUGCAUAUUCCUUUGCUAGCUUUUGUGGGUUAUCAUUUCAAGUCUGUUUCCUUUCAUGUAAAUGUAAUUUUGUUAAUUGCUUUCUAACAGUUGACUAGGCAUGGUAAAGUUUUACUGUAAAUUGUUUUAGCAUUGAACACUGUUAAUUGCAGAACGUGUCAAGAGCUGAUUUAAGUUACUGAAAUAUUACCUUUUAUUUCACUAGAACAGCCACAUUUAUUAUCACUGCUAAUAGUUCUGUUGCUUUUACAAACAUAUGUAUGUGUUAUUUAACCCAGAUUCAUUGCAUUAAAGUUCUUUGUUGCUUAAAUAUGUCUU